AGCCUCCGGAGCCGGCAGUCCGUAUGGGCAGGGUCAUCCAAGCAAGGAGACGUGUUUGAGAUGUGGUGGUUUCAGCAAGGCCUCAGUUUCCUUCCUUCAGCCCUUGUAAUUUGGACGGCUGCUGCUUUCAUAUUUUCAUAUAUCACUGCUAUAACACUUCACCAUGUUGACCCUGUUUUGCCUUAUAUCAGUGACACUGGUACAGUAGCUCCAGAAAAAUGCUUGUUUGGGGCAAUGUUAAAUAUUGCUGCAGUUUUAUGCAUUGCGACCAUUUAUGUUCGUUAUAAGCAAGUUCAUGCUCUGAAUCCUGAAGAGAGUCGUAUCAUCAAAUUAAACAAGGCUGGCCUUGUACUUGGAUUACUGAGUUGUUUAGGACUUUCUAUUGUGGCAAACUUCCAGAAAACCACCUUUUUUGCUGUACAUGUAUGUGGAGCUGUGCUCACCUUUGGCAUCGGCUCAUUAUACAUGUUUGUUCAGACUAUCCUUUCCUACCAAAUGCAGCCCAAAAUUCACGGCAAACAAGUCUUCUGGAUCAGACUACUGUUGGUUAUCUGGUGUGGAGUAAGUGCAUUUAGCAUGCUGACUUGUUCAUCACUUUUGUACAGUGGCAGUUUUGGCACUGAUAUAGUACAGAAACUCCAUUGGAAUCCUGAGGACAAUGGUUAUGUGCUUCACAUGAUCACUACUGCAGCAGAAUGGUCUAUGUCACUUUCCUUCUUUGGUUUUUUCCUGACUUAUAUUCGUGAUUUUCAGAAAAUUUCUUUACGGGUAGAAGCCACUUUACACGGAUUAACCCUCUAUGACACUGCUCCUUGCCCUAUUAACAAUGAACGAACACGGCUACUUUCCAGAGAUGUAUGAUGAAAGGACAAAAUAUACCUAUGGCGAUUAUGAUUCUCAGGGAUUGGGGAAAUAGUCAUGAAAGUUACUUAUUCUGCUCUGAAAUUUUCAACCAGUUAAUCAAGGCUGACAGUGAUAUCAAAGAAUCCUGAUAAUCAAGAGACAUGAAUUAAGCCAUUUGAUGUUGUUUUAAAGGAUAUCUUCAAGAGGACCGUGAAAAAACAUUUAUGCCUAUACUUUUUUAUCCCAGAAAAUAAAACCAAAGGACUACAAAAUUGUAGAUUUUUUUCUACUUUUUUAAGAGAAACAACCAGAAGUGCACCAAGCAGUCUGCAAAAUUCAGCUUUUCACAUUUUUAAAAACAUUACAAAUCAUGUUUUCCUUGGAGCACUUAUGUCAGAUAUGUUUUAGGACCCCAAAUAAUUAGCAGUGCUCAACAGCUCCUUUAAAAUUGGGUGUUGAAGUAAUAGUUUUACCAUAUUAAUACAUUUCUUAUAGUCUUUAUAAAAUUUAUUUUGUCUGGAAUCCAACUUUAAAGGGAAGCAGACCUGAAUUCAUGUGAGCACUUUUAUUGCUUAAGCUUUGCACAAGAGAUUCUGUAGAUACUGAUUUGAUUCCUGCCACAAGGCCAGAUAGUAUGCUAACUGGUCUAUACACAUGCUUGUGAUAGUUUCAUGAAGCUUAGUCUCUGAUAUGAGAUUUUAAUUACUAAUGAAUGAGAAAAGUAGCUAUAGGUAAAUUUACUGCAGUUGUGUUUUGCAUAAGACAAUGGUUAGUGUUCCUACACAAGUCUGAGAAGUUUGUGAAUAACAGUAAGUAUAAUUAAAAUAAAAGUCACCUCAAACUGCACUCAAGAGUGAAGAUUUUCAUUUAUAGCAAAUUAUAAUUACUUGAAAAAG